AUGCCUGCCAUGCAGCCACCUAUCGCUGGGGAGAUCGAUUCCGAGAGCAUCAUCGAGUCCAUCACUUCGCCCAUGACCAGUGGCGGUCCCAGUAUUACGCCAGAUACAGAGAUCUCGCCGCCAAAUAGUCCCUUCACGCCCAGCGGGCACCUGAACAAUGCUCGUCAAACAGCCCGGAAGAAGCUGGAAACCCUGACGUUGGACGAGAAGGCAUGCAACCCCCAACAAAAUAUUUUUGAUUUUAUUUUCCAUUAUUUUGUAUCUCUUCUCACUGCUGCUGACUUUUGGCGUACAAAGUCGAUCCCAGCCAAGGGAAUCCCCUCUGCCAAGACCACGGAUGGCCCGAACGGCGCCCGUGGCGGCAUUUUCGUCGGCGGGACCAAGGCUGCUCUGUUCCCAUGCGGCAUUUCACUGGCAGCAACGUGGAACAAGGACAUUUUGUACAGAGUUGGCCAGCACCUGGGUGACGAGACAAAGGCUAGAUCCGCCAACAUCUUGCUGGCGCCGACCGUGUGUCUGCAUCGUCACCCCCUCGGUGGCCGAAAUUUCGAAUCGUUCUCCGAGGAUCCGUUGUUGACGGGAAAGCUGGCUUCCCAGUACAUUCGCGGCCUGCAGCAAAGAGGAGUGGCCGCUGCCAUCAAGCGUAGGUUGCACUCGAACGAACCGGUCGUGAGUAUUUUAACUUACACUGCUAACUUUGUGCAAACAGACUUUGUCGCCAAUGAGCAGGAAACGGAGCGCAACAAUGUCAAUUCUGUGGUGUCGGAGCGUGCUCUGCGUGAGCUCUACCUUCGUCCCUUUGAGAUUGCGGUUCGCGAGGCCUCACCUUGGGCUGUCAUGUCUUCAUACAACUUAAUUAAUGGUGCUCAUGCUGAUAUGAACCGUCACACUUUGGGUGAUAUUCUUCGCGGCGAAUGGGGAUUUGACGGGACGGUAAUCUCCGAUUGGGAUGGCGUGAACUCCACUGCCGAGUCCAUCAAGGCCGGCUGCGACAUCGAGUUCCCGUUCUCAAUCAAGUGGCGUUUUCAAAAGGUGCUUAAGGCGAUUGAGGACGGCAGUCUCACUGUUGCCGACGUAGACCGGGCCGCCGAAAAUGCACUUACUCUUAUCACCCGCGUCAAGGGCGACGAUAUGUCGGAGGAAGCCCCCGAACGGGAAGAUGAUCGCGCAGAGACGCGCGAGCUAAUUCGCGAAGCCGGUGUGCAGGGCCUUACACUGCUCAAGAACGAGACGUCGAUUUUGCCCAUUGAUCAGCGUACCACCAAGCUGGCCGUCAUCGGGCCCAACGCCAACCGAGCCAUCGCUGGUGGUGGCGGCAGCGCCAGCCUCAACCCCUACUACACGACCAUCCCGCUCGAGAGCAUCCGCCGUGCCGUGAAGGAGGCUGGGGGCCAAAACGAGGUGGCAUAUGCUGUCGGGUGUCACACGAACAAGUGGCUGCCGGUAGCCUCGCCGUUCUGCAGCAACCGCGAUGGAUCGCAGGGCGUCACCAUCGACUGGUUCAGCGGCGACAAAUUCGAAGGCAGCCCCGUGGUGACUGAAAAGCGCAAAAAUACCGACCUGUUCCUUUGGGAUUCGGCGCCCGUGUCCCGUGUCGGCCCACAUUGGUCGGCCAUUGCGACGACGUAUCUGACGCCGAUAUCGACGGGCAAACACACCAUUAGCUUCAUGAGUGUCGGACCCGGUCGACUCUACGUGGACGGAAAGGAAGUGAUGGACCUGUGGGACUGGACCGAGGAGGGCGAGGCCAUGUUCGACGGUUCGAUCGACUACCUUGUCGAUGUGGACAUGCAGGCUGGCCAGGCUGUGGAGCUGAAGGUCCGGAUGACCAACGAGCUGCGGCCGAUCAGCAAACAGAAGAAAACCGGCGCCACGCACAAAUACGGCGGCUGCCGCAUCGGCUUCAAGGAGCAGGACCAGGUUGACUACGUACAAGAAGCCGUGGACGCGGCCCGUGCCGCCGAUGUUGCUGUCGUCAUUGUUGGCAUUGAUGCCGAGUGGGAGUCGGAAGGUUAUGACCGGCAGACGAUGGACCUCCCCGUCGACCGCAACCAAGACCGGCUCAUUGAGGCUGUGCUCGCCGCCAACCCCAAUACCGUUGUAGUCAACCAGUCCGGCUCGCCGGUGGCGAUGCCGUGGGCUGACAAGGUCCCGACAAUCUUGCAGGCCUGGUACCAAGGACAGGAAGCCAGCAAUGCGCUGGCAGAUGUUCUCUUUGGCAAGAAGAAUCCCAGCGGAAAGCUGCCGUGCACAUUCCCGCGGAAGCUGGAAGACGCCCCGGCGUACCACAACUGGCCCGGUGAGAACCUCGAGGUCAUCUACGGCGAGGGCCUGUACAUUGGCUACCGCCACUACGAGCGUGCCAAGAUCGCACCGCUCUUCCCUUUUGGCCACGGCCUGUCAUACACCCAGUUCGAGUACGGCCGUCCGUCGAUCAACAAGAAGGUGCUGUCUCCCGAGUCCGGCAGCACGGUCGAGAUCACCCUCGCCAUCAGCAACAUUGGCGACGUCGAGGGUGCUGAGACUGUCCAGGUGUACGUGCACGACGAGAAGUCGCGCCUCGCGCGGCCUGAGAAGGAGCUCGUGGCUUUUGAGAAGGUGUCCCUGGAGCCCGGCGAGACCCAACACAUUACCCUGUCUCUGGACAAGCACGCCGUGGGCUACUACGACACGGCGAUCGGUCAGUGGAUUGCCGAGGAGGGCCGUUUCAACGUGCUCAUCGGCGCGUCGUCGGCGGACAUCCGGCGCAGCAUCUCGUUUUCUGUGGAGGAGUCGUUCACGUGGGUGUUCUAG